AUGCCACAUGAAGGAAUACUUAAGCAUCCCCCACAACUACCACCUUCUUGCCUGCCUCCCAGAGUAGUCCUGCCUCCCAGAUCUUUCCAAUCAAUCGCCCGGAAACAUGCCCGAUCAUACCAUCCACGUCGUCAACCACUUCGGUCGCAAACAGAAAUAUGCCAUUAUUCCGGGUCCGCCCAUGAUGACAUUCCCAGACACGCAAAGGAACUCGAGGCCGGACAGACGUGGGACACAUCAACCACGUAUCAACUCCAAGGGGUUGGAACUACCGCUCAGAAGCCCAAUUUCGGGGUGAAGGUCACGUCGGUGGAUGUGAGAGACGCUGAUCCCGGUACUCCCACGACGCCUGCGAGUACAUUCGGCCUGACCAAAAACGAAAAGGGCAACCCGGUAAUGACUGAAAAAGAAAAAACAGCACCGAUGGACAUGGUCCGGUUUGAUUUCAGUGGUGACCUUUCUCCAUCAAAUGAUAACACAUCGUGUUUGGAAUGGCCAAGGGGAACAGAUUGCCUGAUAAUAGUGUGGUUUCCGGCCCCCAGCGAUACGAAUGCAGUCAAAUUCGUCAUAAUGGCUCCCGUAAUUCAAUUGUGGGUGUGCGCGUAUGACGCCGAGGAAGAGCAUAAGCAAGAUGGCACUUUUGAGAUCACUUAUUCAUAG